GUACAGAUAUCUGGAAAACCAGAUGUGGUUAAGAGAGCACUUUAUGAAGUUUCCACUCGAUUGCAUCAGAAUCCUCGCAAAGAUAAACCUCCUUUAAAUUUUUCUAAGCCUUAUGGGGCCCAAAGUUUUCACCCUCCUGUGACAAACAAGCUUCCUCCUGCGAAUCCAGUAUGGUCUCAUCGGAAUUCUUCUUCUCAUGGUAUGCCACUGGUACCAUUGAUGGGGGCAUACAGAGAUCACCCUUCUGGAGUUGGGCCAGGUGGCUUUGAUGCUUUUCCAUCUGGACAUGGUGGGGAAACUUCAGCUGAGUUUUCUAUGAAAAUCUUGUGCUCAGCUGCAAAAAUUGGUGGUGUGAUUGGCAAGGGAGGCUGUAAUGUGAAACAGUUACAGCAGGAGACUGGAGCUAGCAUUCAUGUUGAGGAUGCAUCGACUGACUCUAAUGAACGUGUAAUUCGUGUUUCUGCUUUAGAGGCUCUCUGGAACUCAAGAUCCCAAACCAUUGAGGCAAUUCUUCAGCUUCAGAUCAAAGCAAGUGAAUUGUUGGAUAAAGAUGCAAUUAUUACCAGGCUUCUUGUUCCAUCUAGUAAAGUUGGCUGCCUCCUUGGGCAAGGAGGUAAUGUCAUCAAUGAAAUGAGAAGAAGAACUCAGGCUGAUAUUCGUGUCUGCUCUAAGGAUGACAAGCUGAAGUUUGCCUCUGUAGAUGAGGAGCUUGUACAGAUAUCUGGAAAUUUUGUUGUUGCUAAAGAAGCUCUGGCUGAAAUUGCAUCAAGACUUAGAAUGAGAACCCUGCGAGAUGCAAAUACUGGAUCAGAAUCUAAUCCUGUCCGGUCUGUUCAUGGAUUUGGCUCCAUAGGAAGUUUACCAGCCAAGGAACCACCACCAUCUGGUCCAAUGCAAGGUGGCAACUCUGGUGGAUAUGAACAUCUCUGGGGUGGGGGACACGAAUUUGAACCUCAGAGUUAUCAUGUUCCUCCUGCGGCUACUGGAUACUUGAAUAUGAACAGUGGUUUGGAAGCCAAAAUUCCAAGCAAUAUGGGAGCUGGAGGUACCAAAAAUCCCAGCAUCAGUGAGGCAUUCAUGGCUUCUGCUGGACAAAACAUGAGUGGUCAACUGGGAUCGCAUCAAAAGCUGAAUGCUCCACAGAGCUCCUAUCGAAAUAUGAACCUUCGGCAAAGCCCCUUCCAUGCUCCAAAAAGUCUGUACCAGAAUGUGAACCCACAGCAAAGUACUUAUCAUAAUAAUAGUUCGCUGCAGAGCCCUUAUGUGAUGGCCACUCAGCAAGGGCCCUCUGCCAACAUCAGUACCCAGCAAAGUGCUUACUAUAACAUCAGUGCACAGCAAGGUGCCUACCAAUACUGACUCUGAUUUGGGAAUUCUUGUACCAUAUUAUUAUGUAUUGUUUCUUAACUGGUUAUUACUAUUAUUCAUUUAAGUUAGCCAGCCAACACUAAUGUUAGAUAUUCUUUAAGCUA